GACACUUUAGUUGAUAUUUGCCAGUUGCAGAAGCAAGUCGCUCCCUCUCCUUCACUUCAUAUCACAAUGAAACUUCAGGUCGCUGUACUGCUGGUGAGUGUGGCUGGUCUGGCCAUGGCUGCACCGUCAGGAGCAGCGACGGGCGGCUUAAAGUUUCCAUCCUCUGCUACUGAGGUGGACAAGGAGACGCUGAAAAAAACCACGGCUCUCAUUGAACAGUUCAUCCCCCCGCUCCUCAAAAGCAUUUCCGAAAACAACGGUGACGCUGUGUCGCGCAUCAACAAGAUCGUGGAGUCCUCCCUGGCGCUGGGACGAGAGGCGGUGCUGCUGAGGAACGCAGACUCCAACCAGGAGAUGCUGAAGGAGAUCGACGCAGCUAGGGAGAGUGUACCACUGAUCAUGGACCUCGUGCGUGCCACUGCCAAGGCCUUCGAGAAUACUGGCAGUAACGUUGGCUUCACCGGUUUCACUCCCUUUAGGCAAUAAUACCCACAUUCACACGCCACAGUUAAACACUUAGUAACUCUCAGUUGCUCAAGAGAAAUGUAACCUAUCAAGGAAUUAUAGAAAUAUCAUUAGCCUACCCAUUUCAAGAUUGACUGUUUCUCGGUAAAAAAUAUAAUAACUUUUAAAAUUCGUGAUCUACACAAUGAAAUGAAUUAAUCUAAAACUAACUUAAGUUCACAUAACCCUCGGAUGAAAACACUCAUGCUCUUUCCUAACUGUCCAACAACCCUCUUCAUCCUCUUAAAUUUAACUGCAUUUUGACAGAAUCAUACACUUACAUACGACACCUUUUAUCUGUCAGCUAAGGGAGCAACGGCGUCGUCUGACAUCACUGUUAUUACCUAAUCACGAUGUCAAGGGCUAAGAGUAGAUUUGUAGAAAGAUAUGAAUAAAUCUUGUAAAUUCUC